GACGGAGGGAGUAUUUAACAUUAUACUAAUAGCGAAAUCUCAAACUGAACAAUAAUUUUGAGACAAGUUAGUAUAAGUAGAGAUAUCCAGGGUUUCGAGUAACUUUUAGAGGACCAAAAUCGAACUCUUCCAAAAAUUCUCAACAUGUCCUCCUCGAGUAUCCGACCCGGUAAAUCUCUCUUGCCUCCGACGUCCACCCUCAAUUUCCGCCAAGCGGUUGUUUGUAAUGCUUACUCUUCUUCUACUAACAAGUUUGGGAAGCCGGCAGCUCCGUCGUCGUUUUAUGAGGUCUUGGGCAUUUCGGUGGGGGCGACAAAUAAGGAAAUUAAGGCGGCGUACGGGAGAUUGGUUAAGGUUUGCCAUCCUCAUGUGGCGGCCAAGAAGAGUUUAUGA